CCCUUCUGACUACGGAAAUCACACGUUUGAAUGCUGCCUCCCCGCCCCAUCCAAACUCUUUUAACAAGUCGAAAGACGAGUACAGCAAACUUCUACCCUAUGUUUGUUUAAUUUGUAGGGAGUUUUUAUGUAAACUUGGGGGGCACUCGUAAGUGGUCUCCGCUACCCCCCCCGUGCAGCCUUAAGUGGUACAAUCCAGUCUGCUUCCUCAGGAGGAGUCUCCUACCUCAGUCUGUUCUAAAUUGAGCCUAACUCCUUUUCUUUAAUGUAGAAAAGAGAGGAGGCUGAAAUUAGUGGUGCGUAGGAGGCUACUCUGGCCUCCUCGCCCUUCUCAUGAGUCUUGUUGGAGUGUCUGCCGAAGAGAUGAAGAAUAACUAGCAACGAACAGGAAAGACACACACUUGCUGUAUCGAGAAAGAGGGAGGCAAAGCAGCUGGGAUUCUUAAAAGCAUCCUAAUCAAUAUCACAGACGCACCCCUUUCCUAGUGGAGCCAGUGGUACGGACUGCGCCCCCUUUUCCUCCAGGCUGAGGUUUUGAGACUCCCGUUUAUUCAAUAAGAGAUGCAUCGUGAUUUGUGUCCGCUGGACUGCAAGGUUUAUGUAGGUAACUUUGGGAACAAUGGCAACAAAACUGAAUUGGAACGAGCAUUUGGAUACUAUGGACCACUACGUAGUGUGUGGGUUGCUAGGAAUCCCCCUGGUUUUGCUUUCGUUGAAUUUGAAGACCCACGUGAUGCUGCUGAUGCAGUCAGAGAGCUAGAUGGGAGAACACUGUGUGGGUGUCGUGUCAGGGUAGAACUAUCCAAUGGUGAAAAACGUAGCCGGAACCGUGGUCCACCUUCCUCAUGGGGUAGACGUCCUCGAGAUGACUAUCGCAGGAGAAGUCCUCCGCCUCGCCGCAGAUCUCCUCGAAGGAGAAGCUUCUCCCAUAGCCGCAGCAGGUCCCUUUCUAGAGAUAGAAGGCGAGAGAGAUCACUGUCAAGGGAGAGAAAUCAGAAGCCUUCCCGUUCAUUUUCCAGCUCUCGUAGCCGCUCCAAGUCAAAUGACAGGAAAUAGAACUUCAGGAAGAGCAAUGUACAGGAAGCUGUCUACAAAAUGAACAAGAAAUUUGCUCAAAUCAUACACUUUAUUUUGCAUUGUUACAUACAAGUCAAGUCAUUUGUCUUUUAUCCAGAAAGGGCACAAAACGGACAUGAACCACCACAGAGUUUGAUCAUUUAUAAUAAAAAGGAUGUACAAAAACA